AGCCACUAGCUGAAACAAAAAGGGUUUGGCAUGCCAGCGCCUGGGAAAGGAGGCAAGGGCAAAGCGGGAAAGGGCAAAGCCAAAGCUUGGGGCAAAGGAUCGGAUGGCAGCACGGCUGCCAACGCAACCUAUCAUUGCCCAAGGGGUCGCCCAGAAGCCUCUUCGUGCAGGUUCUUCGGUAGCGCCAAAGGUUGCAUGAAUGACAAGUGCCCUUUUGAACACAACGAUCCGAAUGGCAUUCAGUUCUGCUCCUUCCAACAGCGCGGCCAGUGUGAAAAGGGGGCAGCUUGCACUUUCAGACACCAAGUUUGGUCCAGCGCCGAGGAAGCAAAAACAUUCUACGCUGCAAGAGAAGCAGGGGAGGUGGAGAAGAGCUCAAUGAGAUACAAGCAAGUGCGCCGUGAAAUUACAAGAGACGGAGCACAGAAACCAGAGACACAGCUUGGUUCAGAGCAUGUAGAGCUAGAGGGUGAGAUCGAGAAAGACUUCCAAGAAGAGACCUAUGGCUCAAAUGCGAUGCGGAUGAUGGAAAAGAUGGGCUACAAAGCAGGAAUGGGCUUGGGAAAAGAAAACCAAGGCCGCACAUCUUUGCUGGGUUCCUGUGUUGCAUUGGAACAUGCGAACAUGGACACAUCGAACUUGGGCUUGUCGCACUAUGCUGGCGCGGGCCGGGCCACUGCUGCAGAGAGGGCAGCCAGGCUCGCUGACGCUCGAGCGAAAAAGUGCCAAAGACUGGACGAGACAAGCUUCGUUCACCACAACCUUCUCAGCAGUGAUGAAAGCAGUGAAGGAGAAGCAGAGAUGAUCAAAUCUAGAAGUGUGAAGCUCUCGUGAGGUGAAAAAGUGUGCGUUUGGUGAUGUGUGACUGUUGCAACUUUGCAACCGCACCAGCCACGUUUGCAAACCAGAUGAGCUUUAGUAACUUUGAUGUUUACCUUGCUCCCACAGCUGGCCCAAAACACACGUGCAGACCAAGAGCGCCC